AUGAUUCGUGUAUUGGCUCCCUUCAUUUCCACCACGGAAUCUCUUCACCCCCCAAAUCAAGUGGUCGAUUCAUCAUCUCAUGUUACCCCAUUUGUAUUCUAUCCCGCCACCCACUUCCUUACCCCUCUAACCCCUCUAACCUCCCCCUCCUUUCCUCCCCUCUUCUUAUUUGAUAAUCGGCCGCCCGCCGCAAGGCUGGUCAUGACUUCAUUUCCAUGCGAUCCAAUUUGUGUGAGUGGGAUUGCCCGUCUAACUCCGACUAGAACUAGCCCCGGUGGAUCUUCAAAUCGAGCGCUGCCGUUGUUCCAGACCCCCUCUCACCUCCGUUCCCCUUCUUCCAUCCAUCACAAUGACGAGUGUUGUCAGUUGAAGCCAGAUAGAAGACGGGGGAUGAAUCGUGCUUGGCUGAUCAUCGCCCAGUCUAUCGGUAGCCUAAAGAACACACCCCAACAUCCCUAA